UAUGAACUACGUCUCAGAGGUUCCCUCAUCAAAAGGGUGUGGAGGAACUGCGCAUGUGCAUGACCGAGCUCUCUCGGAAGCGAAGUCGGCUUUAUCUAAGGGCUUCACAUCAAAAACCGAAAAUAAAAGAGACAUGUCAGGUUUUCUGGACGGAAUCCGGUGCGGAGACUGCGAGUGCAAUGUGGACUGGGGAGAGAGAAGAAACACCAUCGCAUCUAUAGCUGCUGGAGUGCUGUUCUUCACUGGUUGGUGGAUCAUCAUCGAUGCAGCAGUGAAAUAUCCUGAUGAGGGACAGUUUCAUCAUGCCUAUCACACUUGUGGAGUCAUCGCUACAGUGGCCUUUCUCAUGAUAAAUGCUGUUUCAAAUGGCCAAGUGAGAGGAGACAGCUACAGUGAAGGCUGCAUGGGACAGACAGGCGCACGAGUUUGGCUCUUCAUUGGCUUCAUGCUGGCUUUUGGUUCUCUCAUUGCCUCCAUGUGGAUUCUGUUCGGAGGAUUCGUAGUGCCUCAGAAGCCUGUCGUGUACCCCGGUAUUGCCGUUUUCUUCCAAAAUGCUUUCAUUUUCUUUGGGGGUUUGGUCUUCAAGUUUGGACGCACAGAGGAUCUGUGGCAGUAAUGGACCGUGUGUCUUUAUGUCCACUGUUAUACUCUUUGCUUUCUAUAUUGUAUGAGACAGUAUGCUUUAGUGGUUAUUCACUUUAUAUAUAUAUAUAAAAGCUUUUUUAGCAUUAAAAUUAACAGGUUUAAUUUAUAUCAUUUGCUGUAAAUGGCUAAUUCAUAACUAAGCACAAAUUUUAAUAGAUUCCUUGGAAGUUUGAAUAUUUUCAAAUGUGACACAUCUUUGAAUGUGUAUGUUUGCACUCAGACUGCGUAUCCAUGUAGUAAGAAUGGUUUACAACUUGUGUAUACCAAAAUAUGUAUUUUGGGAGAUUAACUUCCCUGAACUGUUCAUGUUUCCUUUGGUUAUCCUCACUUCUGUGACAUUUAAUUUGAACUGUUUUGUUGGGUGGAAAUUACAUAAAUGAUUAUGGUUCAAAAUAUAUUGAGA